CCGUACCAACCAAAAAAACGCCAUACGCGCCUCGCACUCUCUCUCUCUCUCUCUCUCUCUCUUCCCCGCAAUUCCCCAUUCCAGUUCCACCACCAACCCGCACCAUUCCCACCCCAAAUCCCCCGCCGAAUCGAUCGCGCCGGCGAAAUCCAGUCCUAAUCCCCCAAUCCUGCGCGCCGUGUAGAUUGACAGAUACAAUUGCCGAUUAGUACAAAAAUGGCUGUAAGCUUCAAAUAUUGGGACGAUUGUUUGGAUCCCGAGGAUAUGCAAUUAAUGUGGGCCGAUCCUCAAGUAAGUAAAGAGUGGCUUGAUGCUGGGGAGGGGCAGGGACAGAAGGUUCACCUGUCACGGGAUCCUGAUGGUGAGGCAUAUCUCACUCAAACUGAAAUGAUGGCGGUGGCUGUAAUUACUGUUCAUAGGCAUUUCAAGUCACAAUUAGACCCGUAUAUGAUAGGUGCCCUUGCAGAAAUUGCAAGUGGAAGAAGACUCUUUGUAGAUACUUAUGACCGAAAGACUAAGGAGACCAAACUUGGCAUGAUGCAGGUGACAACAGAAGUUGCUCAAUGGCUUGGCAGGGAAUUGGGCUACAAGUAUUAUGACAUUGAAGAAGAUGUUAAUUUGCUCUAUUGGCCUUUUGUGAAUGUCUACUUUGGUGCUGCUUAUGCAAAAUGGCUGUUCUCAUGUGACGAAAAAGAAAGAACUGAAGAAUUUGUUGUUAGAGCUUAUAAGGGAGGCAAAAAGAAGGCUACCCACAAAUCAUCUUCUCCCAUUUUUCAACGCUAUCUUUAUGUGAAAGAUGCCUUGCUGUCUAUGAGACAACCAGAAAGUUUUAAUGAGUUGACUCCUGAUCUCCUAGCCAAUUCCUCGAGCACAGAAGGACAGUUGAUCUGUUGGGAUUCCAAGGUAUCAGAGGUAGAUAUGGAUGCAAUGUGGAGUCAGCCUGAUGUGAUUAAGGAAUGGACAAAAUCUGGUGAGAGGCGUGGAAAUGUGAGGUUUUCCCAUGAUGUCAAGAAGAGGCCUUAUCUUUCUCGAGUUGAGGUGAAGACUGUUGCUGAAAUAACCAUAUCACGUCACUUGAGCACAAAAGGAGUAACACCGGAAGCCCUAGCUGCUCUUGCAGAGGUGUGCAGUAUGCGCUUUGUCCAUGGUGUUCGUUCUCGUACCGGCUUGAUGGGGAUAGACUACCCUACAGCUGCAUGGCUUUACAGAGAUUGUGGCCAUAGGGCGUAUACUGUCAGCUCUGUGGAUGAUCUAUACAAUCCUUUUGCAUCAAUGUACUUUGGCGCAGCUUACUUGGGAUGGUUGUCACAAUAUGAAGGAAGGGAAAGGAGUCAUGAGUUCAUUGUUCAAGCAUACCUUGGGGGACCAGAAAACGUUAGCCUUCAGGAGACUGGCCCAUUUUGGAACAAAUUCCUGGAGGCCUUAAAACUCUACCAAGAUCCAAAGAAGGAGCACACUGGCUGUUGUAUUUUGUAAAGUCAUCUGAUGUGCCGUUGAGCAUUUGUUGCUGAAGGUUCCAACAGUCGCACACCAAAGGAUUCAACAGUAACGAAGUAACGAGCAAUGGACUUGCUUGGACUCGUUGCUGAGUUGAGGUACAGGGCUAACCAUUCGUAUAUAUUUGGUCAUUCGGUGCCCUGCUUGUGUUCCAGUUUUCAGCUGUGGUUGAUCCCUUGAUCCCCACUGGGUGCUCACAGAGUUAUGCCCUUCUCUGCUUCUGUUCAUAUCUAUUUUGCCUUUCUGUUCUAAGUGUAUUAACGGCCCUUCUUUUUCUGCAUAUUGGUAUGUUGUAAAACGACUUUUGAUAUGUAGACAUCCCAAAAGGAAUUGGUUCAGUUCUUUUUUAGACGGAAAAAGGUUCAGUUACAUAAGAAAUGUCUCAGUAAAAAGCCUUCAUCAAGGAUUGUUAGCUCUUUAUGCAAAUAGAGAGAGUAAAUUUUGCAGCCUACUGCCUAUGGCUCAUAAUACAUCUCAGAUGAAAUAGGG